GCGGGUGCGCGCCGGUGGGUGCCGGCGUCGCACCGCGUUUCCAAGGGGAAGGGAGGGCGGCGGGGCCGUGAGGAGGGGCGGCUCGGCCCGGCUCGGCCCGGCCCGGCAGCGCUAUGAGUCUGGCCUUGAGGAAUGAGCUUUCAGUAGACAAAACUAAAAAGAAGAAAAGAAGAGAACUGACUGAGGAACAGAAGCAAGAAAUUAAAGAUGCCUUUGAGUUGUUUGAUACAGACAAAGAUAGAGCAAUAAAUUAUCAUGAAUUAAAGGUGGCAAUGAGAGCCUUGGGUUUUGAUGUGAAAAAAGCUGAUGUACUGAAAAUACUUAAAGAUUAUGAUCGAGAAGCGACAGGCAAGAUCACCUUUGAAGAUUUUAAUGAAGUUGUGACAGACUGGAUAUUGGACAGAGACCCACAAGAAGAAAUACUCAAGGCAUUCAAAUUGUUUGAUGAUGAUGACUCUGGUAAAAUAAGUCUGAGAAACCUGCGCCGUGUUGCUAGAGAAUUGGGUGAAAACAUGUCUGAUGAAGAACUGCGGGCUAUGAUUGAAGAAUUUGAUAAGGAUGGAGAUGGAGAAAUCAAUCAAGAAGAGUUCAUUGCUAUUAUGACUGGAGAUAUUUAGCAUUAGAAGAAAAGAAAUGAACUCAGCACAAAGGGGAGGAAUCAUUGGCAGCUUCCAUUACAAUGUUUUGUACAUUCAUUCAUUUCUGUAGCUGGAGUGAUGCAGAAAAUUACCUUCCUCACAGGACCAAAAUAAAGACAGGUUAUAUCCACUUAUAGUUCAGCACUUUGUAUCAUUAAAUAUUAUCACUAGAAUAAUUGAUAUAUCAUUUUAGAACAAGUCAGUAAUGCUGCAUUUGAGAAUGUUCGAGUACUCAUUUGUAAAAUAGCUUUGUAUAGGAUUUCUAAAUUGUAUCAUAUUACAAGAACCUUUUGAGGUUGACUUUGUGUUAGCAUUAGCUAUGGCCUUAGUUUUGAUACAUGAGGUUUGACAAACUUCCAUUUUAAUAAAAUGUUCUUUACUAUUGCUACUUGAAA